AUGGAGACUGACGAGCUUUUGCACGUCCAGGCACCUCGCAUGUCGCGCUCUCGCUGGUACAUUGCCGGGUCCGGCGCAGCGCUUCUCCUCUUUGCCGGCGUCGCGAAGACCGCCUUUCCACAGACCUUGGGGUUCUCAUCUCCGAAGAACAUCAUCUUCAACACCGAGGUCUCUCACUGGGAGGAUCUUCCCGGCAUGGAUAAGGUGAUCCUGAAGGCCCAAAGCCUCAAGCACGACCGUCCGUUGCGUAACCUCGAGGACUUGUUCUACGACUCCCAGCCAGAGGAACUGCCCUGGAUCCGCACCGAGUGCGUCAUUGACGUCGUUCAGGCCGCUGCAUACCUGGACCAGGCCAUCGUCUUCCUCUACAAGGCCAUUGACUACGAUGGCCUGGAGUGCCCGAACAACUCCCCAGUGGGCUGCGCAGCGAGUGUGGCUGGCUUCAUCACUUCCAUCAGCUGGAUCGCAUCCUACCUGUCCUUCGCAGCCAACGCCUGUGGCCAGGCCGUCAACUCAGGUGCGAUUUGUGCUGGCGACUUCACGGCGUUGAUGGCCAACUUCGGAGAGAUUGCCACCGUGGGCGCGGCUGCCCGUGCGGACUGCAACUUCGGCAAGAACGCCCUCCAGAUCCUCACGCGCACGGAGACGAUCUCCCCUCCCUGGAAGCAGUUCAUCCCUGCCGGAGCCUCUCCGAAGGUUGAGAAGGCCUUGAAGAUUAAGGCGCACAAGGACCAACAGCGAAAUCGUGGUUUCGACAUCGCUCAGUGUGUCGCCGACGUCACGAAUUCGGCUUCCUACAUUGUCCGAGUUAUCCUACAGAUCCGCACCGCUGCGAGCGCCUGCCCUGACCCGAAGGCCUGCGCGAUCAACAUCAUGAACAUUAUCUCCUCCUUCGCUUGGAUCUCGCAGUUCACGGCCUUGGCAGUUUCUGAUUGCCAAGUGGGUGCUGACCAGAAGGCCCUGUGCACUGCUGAUAUCUCGGACAUGGUGGCUGCCCUGACGAAUGGACCGGCCGCUGGCAUUGCUUCGACUUCCGACUGCGCUGAUCUGCCAGACCCGGCCUCUGAGGAGAUGCACUUACCCAUGGACUAG